AAGUAUUUAUUUUGACUCGACGUUUGCCUUAUCCGUUCAGCUCAUCGUCAUCUUCUUCCUCGCCUCUGAAGUUUCAAAAAUCCAAAGGAAGAGGAUAGAGAACAAUGGCGCAGAUGGUUGCGAUGCCCGUAGCGCACUCGCUCUCCCUCAUUUGUAACUGGACAAAACCCAAUCCUCUCACUCGCAACACUCUUGCCCUUCCAGCUUCAAACGCUCCCAAUAAGCAGAGCUUAAGCAUCAGGUGUGCUCGUGUAGGAGGUGUGGAGAUUCCGAGUAACAAGAGGAUUGAGUACUCUCUUCAGUACAUUCAUGGGAUUGGUCGAACCAGAGCUCGCCAGAUCCUCGUUGAUCUUCAGAUGGAGAACAAGAUUACUAAAGACAUGGCUGAGGAAGAGCUCAUCGUUCUUCGUGAUGAAGUCUCCAAGUAUAUGAUCGAGGGUGAUCUGAGGAGGUUCAAUGCUCUUGCUAUCAAGAGGUUGAAGGAGAUACAGUGUUACCGUGGGGUAAGGCACAUCCAAGGGCUGCCAUGUCGUGGACAGAGAACCAAGAACAACUGCAGGACUCUUAAAGGCAAGAAAAUUGCCAUUGCUGGCAAGAAGAAGGUUUCCAAGUAACCAUCUUCUUGUUCUGUAAUACUCUUUUUUCACUUUGUCUAGUUUCUCUGUUUAAAAUGUGAUUUGUAAUCCCUGAAACUUGGUUCAAAUUGAGCCCUUUCCAGAUUAUCUUUAUCUUAAGUUCCA